AUGGCGAAGGAAGUUUUUACAGCAGAAAAAUUCCGAAAAGCCAUAGUAUUGUCCUCGUGUGAUGGCUUGUUGCUUUUAAAGAACCCUACGGUUUUGUGGAAUCCGUCUACCGGAGAAUAUCAAACUCUUACGUGCCCUUAUUUUAACUACAAAGGCAAAGUUAGAGUUCCAAAUGCUUGUGGGUUGUGUUACGAUUCUAGUGUCGAUGAUUACAAAGUUAUAUUGAUCUAUAAGUCGAGUUAUGCUCUUUAUUCUCUGAAUAACGAUUGUUGGGCGAAGAAACAAAUUUCACUUCGUGGUAUAGUAACAUUACUACAAAAUGGUUACUUCUCUCAGGGGACUAAUGCCAAUGGUUGUGUAUUUUGGUCAUACUACGACCGCAUUGUAGGUGUAACUUCUACAAUCAUAUACUUUGAUGGGAAGUCAGAUGAACUGAAAGAGCUUCCAUUACCAGAUUUUGUACGUGAGGAUGAUUGCUUUGGUUUAACUACUUUGAAAAGUUGUCUUAGCUUUUAUGGAGGCAACGACAAGAGUCUAGUACUGGACAUAUGGAUUAUGGAACGCGAUGGAAGCUGGAAAUGGUUAAUGAACGUAUGCAACUUGCCCUGUAUCUGUGAAAAGUUUAUAGAAGAUAUAGUGCUUUGGGGCUGCACGCGAAAUGGUGAAAUUGUCUUUCAAGGACUGAAAACUUCUCAACCUUUUAUAUAUAACCCUAGCCAACAAUUGCUUACAGAAACUCAAAUAUCGAAAGAUUUCUCCAAGAAUGGGGAUCUUCUCACAGCUUCA